GGAGAACUGACUGUAACCAGGAGAGCUGUGGCGUGGCCCCCUGAGGCUCUCACCUGAGACAGGGGGCCGCGUGCAGCAAGAUGAGGAGGUUCCUGAGGCCGGGACAUGACCCUGCGAGGGAGAGACUCAAGCGGGACCUCUUCCAGUUUAACAAGACGGUGGAGCAUGGCUUCCCGCACCAGCCCAGCGCCCUCGGCUACAGCCCCUCUCUGCGCAUCCUGGCCAUCGGCACCCGCUCCGGAGCCAUCAAGCUCUAUGGUGCCCCAGGGGUGGAGUUCAUGGGGCUGCACCGUGAGAACAAUGCGGUAGUGCAGAUCCACUUCCUGCCUGGCCAGUGCCAGCUGGUCACCCUGCUGGACGACAACAGCCUGCACCUGUGGAGCCUGAAGGUCAAAGGCGGGGUGUCAGAGCUGCAGGAAGAUGAGAGUUUCACGCUGCGUGGCCCCCCAGGGGCCGCCCCCAGUGCCACACAGAUCACUGUGGUCCUGCCGCAUUCCUCCUGCCAGCUGCUCUACCUGGGGACCGAGAGCGGCAGUGUGUUCGUGGUGCAGCUGCCGGCUUUCCGCGCGCUGGAGGACCGGACGAUCAGCUCAGAUGCCGUGCUGCAGCGGUUGCCAGAGGAGGUCCGCCACAGGCGGGCAUUUGAGAUGGUGGAGGCUCUGCAGGAACAUCCUCGGGACCCCAACCAGAUCCUCAUUGGCUACAGCCGGGGCCUUGUCGUCAUCUGGGACCUACAGGGCAGCUGUGUGCUCUGUCAUUUCCUCAGCAGCCAGCAACUGGAGAACGUCUGCUGGCAGCGGGACGGCCAUCUGAUUGUCAGCUGCCAUUCUGAUGGCAGCUACUGCCAGUGGCCCGUGUCCAGUGACACCCUGCAACCGGAGCCCCUGCACAGCUGUGUGCCUUACGGCCCUUUUCCUUGCAAAGCUAUUACCAAAGUCUUCUGGCUGACCACCAAGCAGGGGUUGCCCUUCACCAUCUUCCAGGGCGGCAUGCCGCGGGCCAGCUAUGGGGACCGCCACUGCAUCUCAGUGGUCCACAACGGCCAGCAGACAGCCUUUGACUUCACCUCCCGUGUCAUCGACUUCACUGUCCUCAUUGCGGCGGACCCUGAGGCUGGCUUUGAUGAGCCCUAUGCCCUGGUAGUGCUGGCUGAGGAGGAGCUGGUCGUGAUUGACCUGCAGACGGCUGGUUGGCCGCCGGUCCAGCCUCCCUACCUGGCCUCCCUGCACUGCUCCGCCAUCACCUGCUCCCACCAUGUCUCCAACAUCCCCCUGAAGCUGUGGGAGCGCAUCAUCGCUGCCGGCAGCCGGCAGAACACACACUUCUCCACCAUGGAGUGGCCCAUUGACGGUGGCACCAGCCUGGCCCCGGCCCCACCCCAGAGGGACCUGCUGCUCACGGGGCACGAGGACGGCACAGUGCGGUUCUGGGAUGCCUCGGGCGUCUGCUUGCAGCUGCUCUACAAACUCAGCACCGUACGGGUGUUCCUCACCGACACAGACCCCAGCGAGAGCCUCAGUGCCCAGGGUGAGGACGAGUGGCCCCCCCUCCGCAAGGUGGGCUCCUUCGACCCCUACAGUGACGAUCCUCGGCUGGGCAUCCAGAAGAUUUUCCUCUGCAAAUACAGUGGCUACCUGGCUGUGGCCGGCACAGCAGGGCAGGUGCUGGUGCUGGAGCUGAAUGAUGAGGAGGCGGAGCACGCCGUGGAGCAGGUGGAGGCAGACCUGCUGCAGGACCAGGAGGGCUACCGCUGGAAGGGGCACGAGCGCCUGUGUGCCCGCCCAGGGCCCGUGCACUUCGAGCCCGGCUUCCAGCCCUUUGUGUUGGUGCAGUGCCAGCCCCCGGCUGUGGUCACCUCCUUGGCCCUGCACUCCGAGUGGCGGCUCGUGGCCUUCGGCACCAGCCACGGCUUCGGCCUCUUUGACCACCAGCAGCGGCGGCAGGUCUUUGUCAAGUGCACGCUGCACCCCAAUGACCAGCUAGCCUUGGAGGGCCCGCUGUCCCGCGUGAAGUCCCUAAAGAAGUCCCUGCGCCAGUCCUUCCGCCGGAUACGUCGCAGCCGGGUGUCCAGCAGGAAGCGGCGGCCUGCUGGCCCUCCGGGAGAGGUGCAGGAGGGGAGCAGCAGGGCAGAGAGGACUGGCCUGCAGAACAUGGAGCUGGCGCCCGUGCAGCGCAAGAUCGAGGCCCGCUCGGCGGAGGACUCCUUCACGGGCUUUGUCCGGACCCUCUACUUCGCUGACACCUACCUGAGGGACAGCUCCCGCCACUGCCCCUCGCUGUGGGCUGGCACCAACGGAGGUACCGUCUACGCCUUUGCCCUGCGCGUGCCCCCCGCCGAGCGGAGAAUGGAUGAGCCGGUGCGGGCGGAGCAGGCCAAGGAGAUCCAGCUGAUGCACCGAGCGCCCGUGGUGGGCAUCCUGGUGCUGGACGGACACAGUGUGCCCCUUCCCGAGCCCCUGGAAGUGGCCCACGACCUGUCAAAGAGCCCCGACAUGCAGGGAAGCCACCAGCUGCUUGUCGUGUCGGAGGAGCAGUUCAAGGUGUUCACGCUGCCCAAGGUCAGUGCCAGGCUGAAGCUGAAGCUGACCGCCCUGGAGGGCUCGCGGGUGCGGCGGGUCAGUGCGGCCCGCUUCGGCAGCUCUCGAGCCGAGGACUACGGGGAACAUCACCUGGCUGUCCUCACCAACCUGGGCGACAUCCAGGUGGUCUCGCUGCCCCUGCUCAAGCCCCAGGUGCGGUACAGCUGCAUCCGCCGGGAGGACGUCAGCGGCAUCGCCUCCUGCGUCUUCACCAAAUAUGGCCAAGGUUUCUACCUGAUCUCACCCUCCGAGUUUGAGCGCUUCUCUCUCUCCACCAAGUGGCUGGUUGAGCCCCGGUGCCUGGUGGAUUCAGCAGAAGCGAAGAACCACAGCCGUCUCCGCGACAGAUCGGGCCCUGAGAAGGCCUCGGGCCGAGCCAGGAACUCAGGGAGCCAGAGUGAUGGAGAGGAGAGGAGGUCGGGCCCCGUGAUGGAGCACGCUCUGCUCAAUGAUGAGAGAGUCCUGAAGGAGAUCCAGAGCACGCUGGAGGGAGACCGAAGGAGCUGUGGUGAUUGGCGUUCUCAGCGAGUGGCCGUGGGGUACGGCCUCAGCAAUGGGGGAGGAUGCUCCUGAGUUGCUGUGGCUCUAUCUCCUGCACGAGGAACACACACUACUGACGGCUCUUCCUGGGGGCACUGCCCCACCUGGAGAGGCCCAUGCACUGGACCGUGCAGGGGCUGGGGGCACUCCCACUGCCCACCCUGCUGCUGCUCCUGGCCUUGGGAGACGAGGGACCCCAGGCCCCUGGGGCUCUCCCUCCUCGGGCCUUGACUCUCUCGGUCC